AUGGCUAACAACGGACUUCAGGGACAGGGGCUUUUCACGCCUGGCGGUUCGGGAGAAGGCAACUUCAAGGACCCAUGCGUCUUCUCGGAAUCCGACAAAAAGCGUCAAGUCGAUGCUGAACUGGUUGUCCCAGCCCCAGAUCAAAUUUCCAAAGGCGAGACCAUCUCAUGCAUAACCGUGUUCAAGGUCUCGAAACCCGACCCUGAACACUGGCGAGCCGACGAAAGCUUUGUCUUCCUUACCAUUGACCAUCCAGAGGAAAAGAGCAAUUGGGAUCUCGUAACGAGCCAUCAGCAACCCAGCGAAAGGAGAUUUCGCGUCCGUUUCCUCCCUGACGACCCAAAAAACAUGUAUUUCCUUGUCGACAACAUCCAGUUCCCCGCCGCCGCCGCCCACAAGUUCAACUUGAUGUUCAGGGUGUUGGUGCGCCCUCAGUAUAUCCUGUCACAUAAUCCCCACACGAAUGAAAUUGAGCAGGACCCAGUCAUACUGCCCGAUGAGCUGUGGGACGGCGGAAAGCCGGACGGUCCGCAGAGGCACACGUACGUCGCGGGUAUUUUCGAACUCCACCAAUGGUUGGAAGUGAAGGAGGAAGCUGGAGUGAAAAGACAGAAUCCUUUGUCUCCAGAACAAGAGGCCAUCGUAGCCAGGCUUGCGGCUAUUCAGGUUCCGCCGUUUCUCCCCGAGGCUAACUAA